AUGGUUCAAUAUCCACAUAAUUAUAUUUUAAACUACUAUUUUUGCAAUAUAUUUCAUUGCCACUUUUACAUCUGGAACAUCUGGAACAUUGGUGACAGGAUUUACUUUGGGGCCCAAUACCUACAAGUUGCCCAAUUUCCUAAAUCUUUUACACCGUUACCUAGUUUCACAACGUUUCAGAUAGAUGUCCCACCACUAGGUCCUUAG